AUGGCUUUUCGAUUCGCAGCAAGAAGAGUCGCCCUCGCGCGUCCCGCUGUCCCUGCUAGGGCUUUCCACUCGACGCCCCGCGCCUUGGUGAAGACGGGCGACGCCGUGCCCAGCCUCGACGUGCUCGUGGAGAAUUCGCCCGGCAACAAGGUCAACCUCGCCGACGAGUUCGCCAAGGUCAGCAAUGGCCUCAUCAUCGGUGUCCCCGCUGCCUUCUCGCCCGCGUGCUCGGCGAGCCACAUCCCCUCGUACAUCAAACACCCCAAGCUCAAGGAGCAGGGCGCCGUGUUUGUCGUCUCCGUCAACGACCCCUUUGUGAUGAAGGCUUGGGGUGAUCAAUUGGACCCCGCUGGCGAGACUGGCAUCCGAUUCCUGGGUGACCCCUCCGGCGAGUUCACCAGGGCGCUCGAGGUCGACUUCGAUAGCAAAGCCAUCUUCGGCAACGACCGCAGCAAGCGUUACACUCUUGUUAUCGAGAACGGCAAGGUCAAGGAGGCCCACGUCGAGCCCGACAACAUUGGCACCAAGGUUUCCUUGGCCGACACGGUCCUGGGUUGA